AUGACAGUGGUUUCACCUGUGCCUGUGAAAGGCCACACAAGCUUGGUGAACAUUCUCCUCAUAUGUGCUGCUGCUUUGGCCAGCUUCAAUUAUGGCUACUCGAACAAUGUCAUAGCUGGCACUCUUGCACAGACAUCCUUUGGAGUCAAAUUUUUGAGUGGCUCCAACGCACUCCCAUUGAUCGAUGCCAUUGUCUCCGGCUUCUUUGGCUGCGCUCUUCUCGGCGCUAUCGGUCAGGCAUGGAUUUCAAAUAAAUGGGGCCGCAAGGGUGCCACCCGUGUCGCAGCCGUUCUUCUCAGCGUUGGCAACGCCCUUCAAGCUGGAGCACCUCACAUAGCCAUGUUCCUCGUCGGCCGGUACAUUACAGGCUUUGGUGCUGGCAUGGUCAUUACCAAUACUCCUGUGUACUUGAGUGAGAUUGCGCCUGCCCAUAGCAGAGGGCUCCUGGUCGGAUUGCAGGGCAACUUUAUUGUCCUAGGCUAUAUUCUCUCUUCCUGCGCCGCGCUUGGCUUCCACUUUGUUACCGAGUCAUAUCAGUGGCGACUUAAUUACUGUAUAGCCACAUUCUUUGGCGUGGCCCUUUUCGUUUCGCUGUUGGCGCUCCCAGAAUCGCCAAGGUGGCUGGUUGAGCACAGCAAACCGGAAGAAGCAGGAAACAUUCUCAUGCGAAUUCACAGGACUAAGAAUGAUCCCAACGGAAGAGUGGCACAGGCCGAAUUGGCACAGAUUGUGGCACAGGUCGAGCAUGAUCGCUCUCAACCGCGUAGCUGGUCGUUCAUCUUUCGCACUCCAUCCAUGAGAAAGCGACUCCUCUGCACUCUUCUUGUGUGGACCAUGGCACAAUCAACAGGCAUCACGGUCAUUGCAAAUCUUACUCCUAGACUCUUCGGUGCCCUGGGCUACAGCACAGUCCUCCAGCUGACGUUGGCACUAGUCUGGACAGUGUGCUUGUUCCUUGGUUGCUUCGUCAACAUUUACCUGAUCGACAGAAUCGGUCGUGUGAAACUGAUUGUGGCUGGUGGCUGGGGCAUGGUUGUUUUGCUUGCCAUUGAAGCUGCCUUACAAGCAAAGUACCUUGAUAGCACUAACCUCAAUGGAAUCCGGGGUGCUGUUGCAAUCUACUUCAUCAUUGCCUUCUACUUCUGCUGCACUUUGGAAUGCGUUGGAUACGUAUAUGGCUGCGAAAUUUGGCCCACCCAUCUGCGUAGCAAAGGCUCCGCGGUUUCAUAUUUUGGCUUUUAUAUCUUUUCGAUUUGGUCGACCGCCCCUGCUGCUCAGGCUUUUAGCUCUAUUGGUUGGAAGUAUUACUUGGUCUUCAUCUGUGUCACCAUUGGCCUUGUGAUACCUUGCCACUGGCUACCAGAGACUGCAGGUAUUUCUCUGGAGGAGCUUGGGGCCAAGUUUGGUGAUGAGGUUGCCAUUGACUUCGAACAUGCUCUAGAGGCUAAAAGCCUUAACCAACAAGAUAUUGGACAAUAUGUAAAGGAGCAUCAUGUACAGAACGAAGACAUUGGGGUCACCGAAGAAAGAAAAUGA